AUGGUUGCCACUGUUGCCUGCCCAAUGGUUGCCACUGUUGCCUGUCCAAUGGUUGCCACUGUUGCCUGCCCAAUGGUUGCCACUGUUGCCUGCCCAAUGGUUGCCACUGUUGCCUGUCCAAUGGUUGCCACUGUUGCCUGCCCAAUGGUUGCCACUGUUGCCUGCCCAAUGGUUGCCACUGUUGCCUGCCCAAUGGUUGCCACUGUUGCCUGUCCAAUGGUUGCCACUGUUGCCUGUCCAAUGGUUGCCACUGUUGCCUGCCCAAUGGUUGCCACUGUUGCCUGCCCAAUGGUUGCCACUGUUGCCUGUCCAAUGGUUGCCACUGUUGCCUGCCCAAUGGUUGCCACUGUUGCCUGCCCAAUGGUUGCCACUGUUGCCCGCCCAAUGGUUGCCACUGUUGCCUGUCCAAUGGUUGCCACUGUUGCCCGCCCAAUGGUUGCCACUGUUGCCUGCCCAAUGGUUGCCACUGUUGACUGUCCAAUGGUUGCCACUGUUGCCCGCCCAAUGGUUGCCACUGUUGCCUGUCCAAUGGUUGCCACUGUUGCCUGCCCAAUGGUUGCCACUGUUGCCCGCCCAAUGGUUGCCACUGUUGCCUGCCCAAUGGUUGCCAUUGUUGCCCGCCCAAUGGUUGCCACUGUUGCCUGCCCAAUGGUUGUUAACGACCAGUGUUGCCAACGACCAGUGUUGCCAACGACCAGUGUUGCCAACGGCCAGUGUUGCCAACGGCCAGUGUUGCCAACGACCAGUGUUGCCAACGACCAGUGUUGCCAACGGCCAGUGUUGCCAACGGCCAGUGUUGCCAACGGCCAGUGUUGCCAACGGCCAGUGUUGCCAACGGCCAGUGUUGACAACGACCAGUGUUGCCAACGGCCAGUGUUGACAACGACCAGUGUUGACAACGACCAGUGUUGA